AGUCGGUGGAGCGUCGAGAUGAUUUUUACCUAACAAUAUUUUAUUUUUAUGUACGUUGCAGGUCGUCAAUAAUGAAUCGUAAUAGAUAGCCGAACGUCUGUAAUGCGUUCGCAAACAAUCUCGAUGCCGAGAAAUGGAGAGACAGCAGUGUAAUCCACUUCAAAACUUUGACGAUUCGAAAAGUGAGAUUUUGAAAAAAAGAUUACUUAAAUCGAGCAGCGCUCCCGCCUGUAACAAUCUAGCUGCGACCGGUUCACAGCACAAUGUGCUGCUGAAUACUUUGCGCACACCGAUAUCGAGCAGCAUGAUAGUAUCGUCGGUGGGUAGCGGGCAGGGCUCGCUGCCGCUGCAGCACGGGCUGGUGACGCAUUCGCUGGCGCCAGUCAAGCUGCAUCCGAACCCUGCGCCGUACCCCCUCCAGCUGUCCACCGUGCACGUCCCGGUACAGAUCCCCGGCACGAGCGCCAACAUCAACGUGCCCGUUCAGCUUUCUGGACCCAGCAGUAGUGUACCUUUGCAAAUAGCCCCCGUCAGUCUUCCAAUACAAGUGUCCGGGACUACCAGUGUGCCUGUUCAGUUGCCAGCAGGAGAUACUAUCAAUGUUCCUCUGCAAAUCCCUGGUGCUAGUCAAAACAUUCAACUCGGGGCUCCGGGCAUGCAAUCUAUGCCAAUUUUGCAAAGCUCUAGUCAGCCAAUGAGUUCUAUUAUACAUGUGCAUAUGGGGUCUAAUCCUAGGUCUAACAGUAUGGAUAAUGGUAGUGAUAUGACAGUAACAAGUUCGUCACAGUUACAAACUGUUACUUCAGGAGCUCAAGUGCAAAUGGGGAACAAUUCUACAGUUGUGCAGAUACCGAGUUCAGUUAAUAACUCAAUACAGUUAGCACUUCCUAAUUCGGUCAGUUCGGGAACUGUGCAGCUGAGAGGGGCCACGAGGAAUGUGCCUCAUGUGGUUUACAUCCAGACCCCGCAAGGUCUGAAGCCGGUCACGAGUACUGAUGUCAUCAGCCAAGCCAGCACCAGUGGAAAUCCUCCGCAGAUCAUAGUCAGGAGACCCGUCACCAGCAACUCCAACAUACAUUUAAUAUCAAAUGUAAACAACAAGCCAAAUAUUGCGCCAAAAAUAGCCCAGGGCAAGACUGUUUUGGCCCCGGCGGCUACACCACCUAUAGUUAUUCAGAAACCUAAAAGCAAUGAGAAGAUGAUAGUUCCAGUCAGCAUUGCCCCCGGAAACACUGGAAAGCAAGCCAUAGCCUACCUCAGCUCAGUCAAGAAACCUAACACUAAAAAUAUGGCUGAUAAUCAGUCCAUCCUAAUCUCAAAUAACCAGACAACUGUUAACUCUAACAACCAGAAGCUAUUUUUAACUCCGAUGAACAUGCCAAAAAUCCAAAACACAAAGUUUAUCCUGCCAGUAACUCUGCCAGCCAGCAUGGCUUCCAAAGGACCUAUCAUUAAUCUGCAAAUUGCUAAUGGACAAAUACAGAAUGAUCCUCAAGGUAAUAUUACUGUCAUGAGAGACAGUUCUAGCUUAGAAUCGGCAGAUAUGCCACCACUGCAACCUCUGGCAAAGAUGGGUAAUGUAAAUGGUAACAGUAAAGAAGCUAAUCUGGUUCCACAGAGUCCUAACAAAUGUGAAACAUAUACAAUAUCUAUUCCUGGGUCCCGAGCGGAGCCUACAGAAGAACAAGGCACUUAUACACUUUCAAUACCAGAAACUAAUGCUUCAAUGAAUGAUGAUAUUUACACAGUCUCAAUAGCCGAUGAUGAGGAUCAGAGUCGGGAAAAGUCCUUUACUCUAGCCAUACCAGAAAAAGGAAAGAGUUUACUGAAUAGGAACAUGAUAGAAAGGAAUGAAGUUGGUUCCCAUGUCACGAUAGCAGCUCCUGCUAUCUUAAGGCGCUCAAACUCCGAUAACAGUGAAAGAAAAGCUACCAACGCUAAUCUAAAGAGGCGGAUAUCGCUCUGCAAUGAAAAUUUAUCCAGUAAAACCAUGAAACUUACACAAUCUCUGCCAAAACCGGCAGAAAAAUCCGAAGAGCCUCAAGAUUCGGACAAUAACGACGAUCAUCGCGUGCCUUCUCUAUUCUGCGACGAAAAGUUGGACAAAGAUUUGGAAUGUAAAGUCAUUCUCGGCGAUUCCGACGAGGAAUACAAGGAGAAGAAAGAACCAGAAACUACGAGCUUACUGUACUAUCAAAAAGAUAUGAAGAAUGAUAGAAUGAAACGGGAAAGCGUGGAUAGCGCGUUAGAGGAAGAUCCUCCAGGAUUAUACUGGAACAACGGAAUAGCGCAGCUGCAAGGCAGCACGCUACAGUUCCAAACAAAUGAAUUCGGGCUUAUAGAUCUCAUAGACGCCUCUGAUCCUGAAGAGUUACCUCUCCCACCGAGCGCGAAAUACCACACACCUUUAAAACAGCGUUUAGAACGUCCACGUGAAAAGAAGCCAACAUCCCCCGAGGACCUAUACCGUUGUGACGGCUGCGGCUGCCACGGGAUGGCAGCGGAAUUCAUAACGCCAAACUUCUGCAGUCUCACAUGCCAAAGCGAUGUACAGAAAGUGACUCAAAAGAAGCGAGAUCGCGAGCGUGCCGAACUAACUCGCCGGAGGAAUAAAAUGAAGAAACUCCUCAUGAGGAAACAGCAUGACGAACCGAUGGAUGAACCAGCUAAACCUGACGAUGAAAAGCUAUCGGAUGAUGUGAUCGAUGAGAAAUAUCCAUGGAUGUGUGGGAAGAACGGUUUUUCGUGGAUGCGGUAUUUGGACUUUUGUAAAGCGAAGGCUGCUCCGGUGAAGUUGUUUAAGGACCCGUUCCCGUACAACCGGAACGGGUUUAAGGUCGGCAUGAGGAUGGAGGCAAUAGACCCGCAGCGUGCGUCCGUGUGGGCCGUGGUUUCUGUAGCUGAAGUGCAGGGCUACCGCCUCCGCCUCCACUUCGACUCGUACCCCGACAUCCACGACUACUGGGUGAACGCGGACUGCCCCGACAUCUUCCCCGCCGGCUGGUGCGAGCGCAACCAGCGCGCCCUGCGCCCGCCCGCCGCGCACGCGCACGGCUUCAGCUGGCCCAUGUACCUGAAGCAGAUGCGCGCCAUAGCGGCUCCCAGGCACCUGUUCCCGCACAUCACCACCACGACUGUAAAACCCAACGGCUUCCGCAUCGGCAUGAAGCUCGAAGCCGAGGACCGCAAGAACGACAUGGUGUGCGUCGCGACCGUCGCCGACAUGCUCGACGCCCGGCUACUGAUCAACUUCGACUCGUGGGACGAUAUGUACGACGUCUGGCUGGACCCCACGUCGCCAUACAUACAUCCAGUUGGCUGGGCCGAGGAGAAUGACAUCGCGCUCACACCUCCUAAUUUCUACAAGGACCCGGAGUCGUUCUCCUGGGACAGCUACCUGGCCGACACGGGGGCCGCGGCGGCGCCCCCGCGCGCCUUCAAGACGCGCGCGCCGCACGGCUUCAAGCCCGGCAUGAAGCUCGAGGUCGUCGACAAAAGGGUCCCGUUCCUGAUCCGCGUAGCCAGCGUAAGCGAGGUGAAGGACCACCAGGUCCGCGUCGCGUUCGACGGCUGGCCGGACGAGCUCUCCUACUGGCUGGACGAUGAUUCGCCUGAUAUUCAUCCAGUUGGCUGGUGUUUGAAAACCGGACAUCCGCUCGAGCCGCCGCUAACGGCGGAGGAAGCAGUGGUUCUAGGUCCGUGCGGCGUGGGCGGCUGCCGCGGGCUGGGCUCGCUGCGCGGCGGCGCGCACAAGCAGCACGUGGCGGCCUCCGCCUGCCCCUACCGCGCGCCCGCCUCGCCCGCGCCGCCCGACCGGCUCGCUGCCGAGCGGCCUAUGAGUGCUCCGCGCCCGUGCGGCGGGGCGGCCGCCGGGCUGGGCUCGCUGCGCGGCGGCGCGCACAAGCAGCACGUGGCGGCCUCCGCCUGCCCCUACCGCGCGCCCGCCUCGCCCGCGCCGCCCGACCGGCUCGCUGCCGAGCGGCCUAUGAGUGCUCCGCGCCCGUGCGGCGGGGCGGCCGCCGGGCUGGGCUCGCUGCGCGGCGGCGCGCACAAGCAGCACGUGGCGGCCUCCGCCUGCCCCUACCGCGCGCCCGCCUCGCCCGCGCCGCCCGACCGGCUCGCUGCCGAGCGGCCUAUGAGUGCUCCGCGCCCGUGCGGCGGGGCGGCCGCCGGGCUGGGCUCGCUGCGCGGCGGCGCGCACAAGCAGCACGUGGCGGCCUCCGCCUGCCCCUACCGCGCGCCCGCCUCGCCCGCGCCGCCCGACCGGCUCGCUGCCGAGCGGCCUAUGAGUGCUCCGCGCCCGUGCGGCGGGGCGGCCGCCGGGCUGGGCUCGCUGCGCGGCGGCGCGCACAAGCAGCACGUGGCGGCCUCCGCCUGCCCCUACCGCGCGCCCGCCUCGCCCGCGCCGCCCGACCGGCUCGCUGCCGAGCGGCCUAUGAGUGCUCCGCGCCCGUGCGGCGGGGCGGCCGCCGGGCUGGGCUCGCUGCGCGGCGGCGCGCACAAGCAGCACGUGGCGGCCUCCGCCUGCCCCUACCGCGCGCCCGCCUCGCCCGCGCCGCCCGACCGGCUCGCUGCCGAGCGGCCUAUGAGUGCUCCGCGCCCGUGCGGCGGGGCGGCCGCCGGGCUGGGCUCGCUGCGCGGCGGCGCGCACAAGCAGCACGUGGCGGCCUCCGCCUGCCCCUACCGCGCGCCCGCCUCGCCCGCGCCGCCCGACCGGCUCGCUGCCGAGCGGCCUAUGAGUGCUCCGCGCCCGUGCGGCGGGGCGGCCGCCGGGCUGGGCUCGCUGCGCGGCGGCGCGCACAAGCAGCACGUGGCGGCCUCCGCCUGCCCCUACCGCGCGCCCGCCUCGCCCGCGCCGCCCGACCGGCUCGCUGCCGAGCGGCCUAUGAGUGCUCCGCGCCCGUGCGGCGGGGCGGCCGCCGGGCUGGGCUCGCUGCGCGGCGGCGCGCACAAGCAGCACGUGGCGGCCUCCGCCUGCCCCUACCGCGCGCCCGCCUCGCCCGCGCCGCCCGACCGGCUCGCUGCCGAGCGGCCUAUGAGUGCUCCGCGCCCGUGCGGCGGGGCGGCCGCCGGGCUGGGCUCGCUGCGCGGCGGCGCGCACAAGCAGCACGUGGCGGCCUCCGCCUGCCCCUACCGCGCGCCCGCCUCGCCCGCGCCGCCCGACCGGCUCGCUGCCGAGCGGCCUAUGAGUGCUCCGCGCCCGUGCGGCGGGGCGGCCGCCGGGCUGGGCUCGCUGCGCGGCGGCGCGCACAAGCAGCACGUGGCGGCCUCCGCCUGCCCCUACCGCGCGCCCGCCUCGCCCGCGCCGCCCGACCGGCUCGCUGCCGAGCGGCCUAUGAGUGCUCCGCGCCCGUGCGGCGGGGCGGCCGCCGGGCUGGGCUCGCUGCGCGGCGGCGCGCACAAGCAGCACGUGGCGGCCUCCGCCUGCCCCUACCGCGCGCCCGCCUCGCCCGCGCCGCCCGACCGGCUCGCUGCCGAGCGGCCUAUGAGUGCUCCGCGCCCGUGCGGCGGGGCGGCCGCCGGGCUGGGCUCGCUGCGCGGCGGCGCGCACAAGCAGCACGUGGCGGCCUCCGCCUGCCCCUACCGCGCGCCCGCCUCGCCCGCGCCGCCCGACCGGCUCGCUGCCGAGCGGCCUAUGAGUGCUCCGCGCCCGUGCGGCGGGGCGGCCGCCGGGCUGGGCUCGCUGCGCGGCGGCGCGCACAAGCAGCACGUGGCGGCCUCCGCCUGCCCCUACCGCGCGCCCGCCUCGCCCGCGCCGCCCGACCGGCUCGCUGCCGAGCGGCCUAUGAGUGCUCCGCGCCCGUGCGGCGGGGCGGCCGCCGGGCUGGGCUCGCUGCGCGGCGGCGCGCACAAGCAGCACGUGGCGGCCUCCGCCUGCCCCUACCGCGCGCCCGCCUCGCCCGCGCCGCCCGACCGGCUCGCUGCCGAGCGGCCUAUGAGGCCCCUCGGUAGGCCUCCGAAAACGGCUGAAACACUGACACCUACGAGCGACACGCACACACCUAAAGAGAAACCUACAAGAGGAAGACCUCCAAAACAUAAGAGAGUGGAAGAAGUCUCGAAAGCGGACCCAGGCUCCGACGAGGAAUCGAUAUCGAGCAGUAACGGCGGCAGCGGCAGCCGGCGCUGGCGCGCGCGCCGCCCUCGCGAGCCGCGCGCGGCGCGGGCGCUGCGGCCCGACGUGCGCCGCCACAUCGCCGCGCUGCAGCUGCCGAGCCGCCCCGAUAUAUGGACGCAGGAGGAAGUGGGCAUGCUGGUAGCGCUCGUGGGUGGCGCGGCGGCGGGCGCGGCGGCGCGCGCGGCCCGGCUGGCGGGCAGGGAGCUGCUCAUGGCGUCCUGCGAGGAGCUCGUGGCCUGCCUGCACAUACGGCUGGGGCCGGCUGUCAAGGUAAUGUACUGUCUUCCUACACAACUCCAGGAGGAGGUGGGCAUGCUGGUGGCGCGGCCAGGAGGAGGUGGGCAUGCUGGUGGCGCGGCCAGGCUGGCGGGCAGGGAGCUGCUCAUGGCGUCCUGCGAGGAGCUCGUGGCCUGCCUGCACAUACGGCUGGGGCCGGCUGUCAAGGUAAUGUACUGUCUUCCUACACAACUCCAGGAGGAGGUGGGCAUGCUGGUGGCGCGGCCCGGCUGGCGGGCAGGGAGCUGCUCAUGGCGUCCUGCGAGGAGCUCGUGGCCUGCCUGCACAUACGGCUGGGGCCGGCUGUCAAGGAGGAGGUGGGCAUGCUGGUGGCGCGGCCAGGCUGGCGGGCAGGGAGCUGCUCAUGGCGUCCUGCGAGGAGCUCGUGGCCUGCCUGCACAUACGGCUGGGGCCGGCUGUCAAGGUAAUGUACUGUCUUCCUACACAACUCCAGGAGGAGGUGGGCAUGCUGGUGGCGCGGCCAGGCUGGCGGGCAGGGAGCUGCUCAUGGCGUCCUGCGAGGAGCUCGUGGCCUGCCUGCACAUACGGCUGGGGCCGGCUGUCAAGGUAAUGUACUGUCUUCCUACACAACUCCAGGAGGAGGUGGGCAUGCUGGUGGCGCGGCCAGGCUGGCGGGCAGGGAGCUGCUCAUGGCGUCCUGCGAGGAGCUCGUGGCCUGCCUGCACAUACGGCUGGGGCCGGCUGUCAAGGUAA